UGCCUGUGGGGCCAUGGAGAUGGGAGCUGUUCUUCCACAGCUCACCCAGGGUGAGGCCAGGAGGGCCGGUGGGAUCCCUGCUGCAAUCCGUGUUUUCCCUGCCUGCAGACAGCCCCCCAGUGGGGCAGAUUGUGAUUGUGCUGCCAAGCACCUGACGCCGGUGACGCUGGAGCUGGGGGGCAAAAACCCCUGCUACGUGUCCGACACCUGCGAUGUGACCAACGUGGCGCGGCGCGUGGCGUGGGGCCGCUUCUUCAACGCGGGCCAGACCUGCAUCGCGCCCGACUACCUGCUCUGCAGCGUGGAGAUGCAGGACAAGCUGCUCCCUGCUCUCUGUGUGGCCAUUGAUGAUUUCUAUGGCCCCAACCCCUGAGAAUCCCAGGAUUUUGGCCACAUUGUGAAUGACAAGCAGUUCCAGCGGGUGCAGACGCUGCUGUGCAGUGGACGUGUGGCCCUCGGGGGACAGACGGACGAGGCCGAGCGCUACAUCGCUCCCACGGUGCUGGCUGAUGUGCUGCCCUCAGACCCUGCCAUGCAGGAGGAGAUUUUUGGGCCCAUCCUGCCCAUCAUCAUCAUCACCAACACGGAUGAAGCCAUUGACUUCAUCAACAGCCUCAAGCGGCCCUUGGCCAUCUACGCCUUCUCCUCUGAUGACAAGGGGGUGAACCAGGUCCUGGAGCAGACAAGCAGCRGUGGYUUCUGUGGCAAUGACACCCUCAUGCACCUGAUGCUGACAUYRCUGCCCUUUGGAGGCRUUGGUAGGUCCAAAAUCCCCAMUCCUGGCYAUUGGGAGCUAGGUGUGAUCCCACCCGUGGUCAGGAAGSGUCCUGGGGGGAGCUCUCGGCUCCAGAGGGCUCAGUGGUCCAUAGGGAAAUUCUCUUCCAGAAACCCUUUGCUUCACCUUGGGCUCUUGGGCUUUGCUGGACACCGUGGAGAGCCCUGA